UGACGUUUUGUUUUGACAGAAAAACUAGGUUAGGCUCAGAUUUUAUCGGAUUAUUCUUAUUAAUGCUGUUUUAGGGUUUGUUUAUGCUGAUAAACAAUGAAAUUAGCUUAUAAGUAUCUAAAUAGACUCAUUACUGAUAAGUUGUCAACGUGUAAUACGUAACUACCUAUACGAUCAGUAUGCCGACGUUCCUGACGCCGGGCCGGCACGGGUAUGCCGUCCGGUUCUCCCGGACGCGGCCGGACGCGCUUGCGGUGGCGACUAGUCAAUAUUACGGCCUGGCUGGCGGAGGCACUCUUUUCUUUUUGGAACUUGCUCCCGACGGGGCUACGAUAGUAGAAGUACAGAAAUUGGAAUGGAACGACGGGCUAUUUGAUGUGACAUGGUCAGGCACGACGGACGGCGCGGCGGCGUGCGGGGCGGGGGACGGGGCCGUCAUAGUGUUCCGCGUGGGGUGCGCGGCGCCCUUACGGGUACUCCGGGCACAUACUAGUGAAGUGUGCUCGGUGGACUGGCCUAGGGCGCAUCUGCUUAGUGCUAGCUGGGAUACUACUGUUAAACUGUGGGACCCCGAAUCCGAGACGUGUAUAAACACGUUCUCCGGCCACUCGGCGCUGGUGUACACGGCCACGUUUUCGCCGCAUUCGCCAGCCACCUUCGCAUCUGUAUCCGGCGACGGUCACCUCAAGCUAUGGUCGUGUACCGACCCGUCUCCCAAAGCUGUUGUUAAAGCCCAUGAUGCUGAGGUGUUAUCGUGCGAUUGGAGCAGGAUAGAGACACACGCCAUCGCUACCGCGGGGUCCGAUGGACUAAUCAGGGGCUGGGAUCUUAGGAGGCUUACUUCGCCCAUGUUUACUUUAAAAGGAUGCGAGUGCGCAGUGAGAAGAGUGCAGUUUUCCCCGCACGCGCCGUCCGUUAUAGCGGGGGUGUCAUACGACUUCACCACUAGGAUAUGGGAUCUGAAGAGAGGUUGUGACCCCCUGGAAACGAUUCGGCACCACUCAGAGUUCACAUACGGCUUGGACUGGAGUUCAUUACGGCCGCACCAGAUAGCCGACUGCGGUUGGGACUCGCUAGUACACGUGUUCACGCCGCGGUCUCUCAAGUGA